AUUAUAAACUUGUUUUCGACGACUACAUGUGUAAACGUAAACGUUCAGUAUUCACCUACAUUGCGUUGAUACCGUUGUAUUAAGACAUGGUGAACAUUUUUUGAACGUUUAAUUAUCUCAGUUUCUUUUCAAGUUGAUAAGUUAUAUUGGUAUGAUUGAAUAUAAUUAAGAGUGUAGUAUGGAAAUUCCGAAUACGUCACUGUACUCUGUAUAAUACACAAGCAAAUACAGAUAAAUUCAUACCAAAACAUGUAAUAUGAGAUUAGAUGUCUGCGGUUAAAAUGGUGAUCGAGACUCCUAGUGAGAAUAAUUUUUUACAGGAAGUGAAAUACGUUCCCACUAGUAAUGAUGAUGAAAAAUUACAGCCUGAACAGCAAGUGAAGAGGCCAGAUACUCUGUUUUUAUAUUUUACAGUAGCAAUAGCAUUGAUACCAUGGUUUGUUGGAGGAGCAGCAAUAGUUUGGGCAUCUCCAGCAGUGGAAAAACUACGAUCAAACGAUUCCGAAGUAAAUCCUUUGGGAAGACAUAUAACCACAGUAGAAAUUUCGAUGGUAUUGGGUGUACCAGCGAUGGCAGGAUUAUUUGGAUCCAUUUUAUUGCCAAAAUUAGCGGACAUUAUUGGUAGAAGAAAAAGUAUACAAGCAAUGGGUCUCGUAAUGUUUAUCAGCAUUAUCGGAGUAGCAUUUAGUCGCAAUAUAGAGCUGAUAGUUAUUUGUAUUUGUUCUAUCGCAAUUGCUGUGUCUGCCAUAUGGGGAAUUUGUCCCAUUUAUUUGACUGAAAUAUGUGAAAAUCAUAAUCGAGCUAAGUAUUGUUGUAUAAUGGCGUUAAGUUUUCCACUUGGUGAACUUUAUACAUAUCUCAUAGGUCCACCUUUCAGUGUUAGAACAUUCACACUCCUCAUAGCAGCACCUCUAAUAAUUUUUCUGGUUCUUUCAUUCUUUAUUCCUGAAAGUCCAGUAUACAUUCUAUCCAAAGGACAAAUUGUUGAAUGUAAGAAGGUGCUAUCACAAUUGAGAAGUAACAAAAGUAUCAAAGAGCUAGACGAUGAUUUCAAUACAAUUCAGCAAGCUUUAGAAUCUGAACGAGAAAAGAAAGGAAUUAGUAUAAUCAAAUUAUUCAGAAGUAAGGAAGGUAGGAUUGGGAUGAUGCUGGGUUUUCUACCAAUCACGAUACAACAUCUCUCAGGUGUACCAGUUGUUAUGCCGUUAAUGGCUCCCAUUUUGAAUGAAUCCGGAUCUAAUAUGUCCGGAGAUAACAUCGCUAUAAUUGUAGGUAUAGUAGAAGUUUGUACAUAUACAUUCGCUUCUUUAGUAGUUGAAAGAGUCGGAAGAAAACCUCUACUAAUUGCGUCAAGUAUAGGAGCCGGAACAUCUGUAUCAAUAUUAGGAUUGUUCUUCUACUUAAAAUCUAUAAGUUCUCCUUUUGUCAAGCAAUACCCAUGGAUACCUCUUGUUAGUAUGUCCGGUUAUAUUACUCUUUAUGGAUUAGGUCUAGGACCAACACCACUAGCUAUGAUUAGCGAACUUUUCCAUUCAGAUCUAAGGUCGACUGCUUCGGCCAUUAUUAUGAGUACAGUUGGAUUCAUAUUUUCUUGUUAUCUUCUAAUUUAUCCUUUGCUUGCCGAAGCUAUUGGGAUUCAUUGGUGUAUGUGGAUAUUUGGAUCUUGUUGUUUAAUAGGAUCCGUUCUUUUUUACACUGUGUUACCAGAAACCAAAGGAAAAAGUAUUUCUGAAAUCCAAGAGAUAUUGAAAAGUUAUUAGAAUCAGUCGUCAAAAAAUCUAGUCUUAUUAAAUCGAAAUACUCAUCCUAAGCAAAUGUAUAUAUAGUUUGUCGUAAUAUAUUUAUGUUAUUAUGCCAA